AUGAUGACAAAAGUGGGAUGGAUGCUCGUUCUUGCGCUCUUCGCUCUUUCGUUGAAGGAUGUCUUCACACGAGAGCACUCCGAGGAUGCGCACGAUGAAGAGGAUUUCAAGAAAGAAUUUGGAGAUGAGGACGCCGACAAAGGAUUUUCUGAAGGAACCGAAGACGAGCACAUUGAAGUGAGGGAACAAUCGCAUUUCGGCAAACCACAACAACCGGUCAUCACGACUAAAGAUUUGCCACCUAUUCGCUUCGAUUUCUGUGUCUCAUGUGGCUACCGACAGGCGUUUGAUCAAUAUUCGCAAUUCAUUCACGAGAAGUACCCAAAUAUGCAAGUCGAGGGUCAAAACUACCCAACCGCACCAUGGAAAAGUUAUCUCGCACAGUUUUUGGGUAUCUUCAAGCUGGCGUUGAUCGCUUCAGUCAUUUCUGGGUCGAAUCCAUUUGAACGACUUGGCUUCGGAUAUCCAACAAUUCUUCAAUGGGCUCACAACAAUAAACUUUCCUCGUGUAUGAUGGCUUUCUUGCUUUCGAAUAUGGUUGAAUCUUCAUUGCUCUCAUCUGGUGCCUUUGAAGUUUAUCUUGGAAAGGAACUUCUAUGGUCAAAAUUGGAAAGCGGACGAGUGCCAGCUCCAGCCGAACUUAUGCAGAUGAUUGAUUCUCAGCUCGAACUUCAAGGAUUGAUUCCAUCUUCGACGGGCAGCUUCUCGCAAGGAUUCGAAAAAGUUCAA